GAUAUGCACGUCUAUUUGUCAGUGGACAUCGAAAUCCUGCUGCCUGUUGGUAACCAUAAAGACAAAGAAGAUUAGAGCAGUCUAGAGUAAGCCAAACUGAAAGAUUAGAAUAAAUUCCUAUCUUAGCAGAAAAAUGAUGUACAUAUCAUGAUAAUUUACACUUAAUUUUGCAAGUUUCAAAUAUCCAAGGCGUUUAAAUUCCGAAUAUGCAAUGCAAAUUUUCGAAACUAUAAAUUUUGUCGAUUAUCGCGGGUAUUAUGAUGUACGUAUCGGAGGUUGAGUCGUAAAAUUCUGUUUCAGCGGGUCUUUUGUUGAUUAAUAAUUCAUACUAUGAAUUAAUUUACGUCCUUAAAACCACGCGGAAACAGCUGCAGGAAAGAGUGCGCCGACAAAAUCUAAAUACAAUCUCGAUUAAUUUUCCCCCACUGGACAUGUAUCACUCGCAGUAUGUCACAUCAAGAUCUAAAACUCCUCGAGUUAGAUCAGUGGGAUUGCCGUUAAAAUCUGUUCCUGAAGAACAGGUUACAUAUGUCUCAGCAGUGAUGAUUCAUCUCUCUACAAACACGAGCCGAGAAACAAAUCCAGAUAAGAUGCCUGGCUCACAAAAAAGCCCUCAACAGAAAGGAAACAACACGUCAGUCACCACUCCGCAGAAAAGUACUUCCGGAGACACCUUGUCUUUGUCAGUAUCGAGCCAAGUGACUAAAAAGCCCGUGGAGGGUACACCUAGGACCUCGACGCCGGAAAAGCAUGACUCCUUGAGUCCGCGAGGUCGACAACAAAACAUCAGCGGGUUUCAAAACGUGACUUUGUUUCCGAAUAGGGAAAGCUGUGAAGUUCGAAGAAAACCUUUUCAUGAAACCAUGGCCACCGAUGGCGUAAAUUCUACACUGCAUAAAUUUGUAAACAACGAGAAAAUGGUUCUCUCUCCAUCGGAGUUUCCAACCCUGAACUCGCGCCAUGACAGCCCUCUUAAGAAUCAUUGGUACGUCGAUAUUGUCCAGCGGCUGGAGGACUUAAGUUGGAGUUAUCAGACAAUGGAGGUGGAGUAUGCUUUUCUGGAGAAGCUCAUGGCAGAACAAAAAGAGGAUCUGAAAAAAGCACAAAGCUGGAACAAUCGUUUUAGAAAUCAACAAAGAGCGAAGAUUGUCCACUAAUGGCGGAUGAUCGGUGAACUUUCUGACAAACUUUUUAGUCAGUUUGUAGUACUUUCUCUAAACAUUUUAGUAUUCUCUUGUGGACAAGACCUUUGCAUGGCUUCUGAUGCAAUCGCAAAUAGGAGAUAUAAGCCUUCGAAUAUCGAUCGCCAUCGCAUCUUCAACGUACUUAUGUUGUAUUCAACUAUACGGAACAUCCAAUCAGUAUUUUUCAGAGAGGUGUCAAAAAUGUGUAGGGAACUCGGCUUUGGAAAUGAUUUAUCUACAUCUAUACACAUAGAGCUGUUGAAUCAAGAGUUCUGGCAAGAUAAAAGUUCUCCUUGUGAAAAUUUAAAUUCUAGAGUAAAAGGCUUUUCAGAAGAUGGGACUAAUUUAAAUUUUCGCCUUUUUUCACGUUUCUGAGGAAAGACCUCUGGUUCGAGCUUUAGAUAAGGAUAAGUAACGACGAUCCUAUGAAAAUGUAAAAAACUUUUUUUGAGAAAAAAAUUUCUCGGUUCUUCCAAAAAGAAGACUCUUCCCAUCUAUUAAAGAUAAUAAAAUCAAACGUUGGUAACUACCAUUUCAGAGGGGUGAGAUGAUUAAAGCUUCAUCAUUUUUAAAUUCC